AUGGACCCCCAAAAACAGCUCCAGGCACUUUCGGAUGAGUUCCAAGGACUCCAGACUGAGCUCGAAGGUCUGGUAGACGCCCGCCAGAAGCUCGAAUCCCAGCAGCAAGAGAACCAAGGAGUGCAAACCGAGUUUGCUGGUCUGGAUGAUGAAUCCAACAUCUAUAAGCUUGUUGGCCCUGUGCUGCUGAAGCAAGAGAAGAGCGAGGCCACUUUGGCCGUCAAUGGUCGACUUGAGUUCAUUGAGAAGGAGAUCAAGCGAAUUGAAGGCGAGAUCGAUGCGACACAGACGAAGAGCGAGAACAAGCGCACAGAGAUUAUCCAGUUGCAGAGUCAGGCUCAGCAACAAGCUGCUGCCGCGUCGGCCUCCGCAUAA